AUGAACCCUGACAACCAAAAUACCUCACCUCAGGAUCAGCAGCCAUCUCAGCUGCAGCAGAUAUAUCAUCAACAAAACGUGGACCCCAAUACUAGAUCCAAUUCCUUGCCAUCUUCCAGCGCAGACAUUACCACAACCUCGGAGCCCCAGUUUGCCUCAACUACUACAGAUUAUCAAACGAUAAAUCAAAAUACGUCACGUGUAGAACAACCAUAUUUACCGCAAUUCCAUAACCUUUAUGCUAACCAACCACAAUUUUUCUCGGGUAAUCCAUAUUUGCAUCAAAGAGCUGAAAGCACGGGGCUGGAGUCAUUGGUGCAACAGCCGCAACUACUGAGCUAUAAUAUUCCCUUAUCAUCACAAUCACAAGUACAAAUAGGAUCGACUAAUACUCAGCCGCAGCUAAGCUACCACCUGCCAUUCGCACAGACAGAACCUAUACCACACCAUCAAGCAGGCCCCAGUUCAAACUCAAACACAAACACAAACUUAGGCUUAGGUUUAGGUUUAGGCUUGGGUUUAGGUUUAAAUUUUGUUUCUGGUGCAAGUUCUGGUGCAGAUUCAGGUUCUGGUUCAGGUUCAAGUUCAAAACCAGUUCAUGAACGCAGUCUUCCGCAGUACCCUGGCCAUUCGUUGCAUCACUCUACAUCUUAUAUACCUACUCGAUAUACAACGCUACAGUCCUUACCAGAAAGUGGAGCUUUUGAAUUAGCAGAAAGAGGCGAUGAUUAUGGUAAUCCUGUGAAUGUACGCGCUCAUGACGAUGAUGAAGACAUACAAGAUAAAACCCCAACUAAAAAACACAGACGAUCGGGCACUUUGAUUAACUCUUCUGGGUUUUCAGUUGGAACUCCUUCUAAUACUUCUGAAUUUGACUUGAAACAAUUGGCGUUGGCGAAAUUAAAUACCCCAUUAGAAGAAUUGGCAUACAGAAUCAAAGUAUUGGAAAACGAUUCAUCGCUGUUCAACAUCAACACAUCUUUGGGAGCACUGAAUAGUGGUAGCGGUGAAGCAAUGGGUUCUCUGUCUGUUAUAUCGUCUUCCGUACCAGCAUCUUCAGAUCCAAAUAAUAAUAAAGAAACACAAAGACUGCUUUUUGGAAUGAUUUGGCUUCUCAAUUCCUGCGAAAUUUCACCUACAGCAGUAAUACCUAGGAACCGAAUAUACGCACGAUAUGUUCAAGUAUGUGCUGACUAUGGCUUAUCUCCAUUGUCUCCUGCCAGCUUUGGGAAAUUGGUGAAAAUAUUGUACCCCAAUAUUACCACAAGAAGACUAGGUAUGAGAGGCCAGUCUAAAUACCAUUAUUGCGGUAUCAAACUAAAAGGCGAUCAAAACAUGCAGCUGCAAAUGUUGCAACUCCAGCGCCAAGCCCAAAGCAAGAACAAAAGUAAAAUUGAAAUCGAAAAUGAAAGCCAGCCGUUUGUUGAUACGCAAGCUCAGCAACACCAAACCGCAUAUACAACUGUGACACAUUCACCAUACUCAUCUGCCAACUCAUCUGCAUCCUAUGAAGACCCUUCGAACCUCACUCUGCUGCAUGUACAAACCCCUUCAUACACACCAAUAAAUUCACCAAAAAUAAAAGUCUCUGCAUCAUUUACAGAUCAGUUACCACUGGUUGGGCACAUGAAAUAUAUACCUGAUCUAUUCAAAUUACUAGGUGACCUGCUGGUUGCACCUGAAUCGUAUCCAUACUCACCGAUAAUUCUUCCAAGCAUAUAUCCAUUUCUACCAGCUGAUGCAGACCGCGACUUGGCAGAUACCUUGCACUCUUUAUACAAAGUGCACGUCAAUACGGUUUUUGAAGCUUUGCGAUAUAUGCAUUUAAAGAAACUUUUUGCUUCAUUCAACACCUUCAAUAGUAUACUCACUGCGCCUGUUUUCAAACUUUACACAAAUGAGUCGGUAUUGGAAUGGGUCAAAAGUUGUGAUUUGUUGAUGUACAAAAAAAUGAUCCGUAUGUUGUCCAAGUUGCAUUUGCAGUUUCAAAUUCCGUUGGAAACAAUUGAUCAGUUGAAGCAAGUCUCACAAACUUUUUUAAAAAACUUGUCCAACAGCAUUAUUACCAACAACAAGAUUCCAAGAAGUUUUAUCUUUAUGAAAUUGAAGUUUGCCAAGUACUUUGUCAAUUUGCUCAAUCGGAUUAUCAAAAACUUGGAAACUGGACAACCAGCUUCGCGAAUUUUAAAUGACGAAAAUGAGAUAUCCACCAUGUUACAUGACUGGAAUAAAUUGGACUUUGCUGAGAUUAUAUCAAGAGAAAUGCCGUGUCAUGAGACAACUUCAAAUACACUUAUACGCAUCAUGUCAACAGAAGUCAGCGAUUUGCUCAAAGUUAAUAUAGCACAUCGUCCAUUCUCUUCUGUUUCUGUUUCGGCUUCAUCUUCUGCUUCUUCUUCAUCUUCGUUAUCUUUGUCAGGGAUUCCAACAGAAACAGCCCGUGUAGCCGUGAUUAUGAGAAACGUGGCUGACUUUGUUGCCAGCCUUCCUGGCCGGUUUCCUGAAGUUAAUGAAAGACUUUUCUUAUUACUCACGUCCAAUUUUCUCACAACAUGCUUGAGAGAAAUUAGUUUGUCCAGCGGUGAAGGUUUUGGAGCUUGGUGGAUUGUGAGGUGCUGGAUUGAUGAGUACCUUGCAUUAAUAUUGGAGCUAGGAGGAUUUUACCAAGAAGAAUUUAAAUCUCAUCGGCAAUAUUCUCUGUCUCAUUCUCAUCAUAGUCAACUUCAUCAACAACGCUAUCGCCCAUCAUCCUUGUUUUCACUGCAACCGAAGAAUGUUACACACCCGGCUAAUCGUCUUUCUUUUGGUCAAGCUGUCCCUGCUUACGGAUCUACAUCAAUUAGUCAUGAUAUUUCGUUUGGAGCAAUUGACUUGUUGGAAACAUCAUUCGAUUUUGAUGAAAAAAUUCCAACAUCGCUCAAUAGAGAAGACCCCAGUCUGCAAGUAAUCGAGGAGGAAAAGGAAAAGGAAGAAGAGGAAGAGGGGAUGGAUUUCAAACAAAGCAAUUUAAAGGUACGACAAGAAAAUCCCGGGCCCAUCUAUCGAGAAAAAUACUGA